AUGGGUUAUUAUGUUCCUAUGAAGGUUGAUUCAACAUCAUCUUGGUUUGAAGUUUUACGCGAAAUUUUUGGUCGUUUAGCUGAAACAUCUGCUGAUACUCGUCUAGCUUCAUUUUAUGAACGUACUGCUCGUGUUAGAUGUUUGGGUAAUCCAGAACGUGAAGGUUCUCUGAGUAUUGUCGGAGCUAUUGAUUUUGCUGAUCCGGUUACAGCAGCAACAUUAAGUAUUGAACGUAAACAUUUUCAAGUGUGUAAAGAAAUUUUACAAGAAGAAGGAGAUCUUUCGGAUAUCGUACAACUUGUUGGUAGAGCAUCAUUAGCUGAAACAGAUAAAAUAACACUUGAAGUAUUACGAAUGAUAAAAGAUGAUUUUAUUCAAGAAAAUGGUUAUUCAUCAUAUGAUAAAUAUUAUUCAUUUUAUAAAUGUAUUGCAAUGCUUCGUAAUAUGAUUGCAUUUUAUGAUUUGGCUCGACAUGCUGUUGCGACAACAGUUUAA